AUGACGCCGAUGCCACCGUCGCAGCCGCCGUCGCUCGCGCCGGCGACGACGACGACGGCGACGACGACGUCCCCCGCGAGCGCGCGGUCGUCGUCCCGGUCGUCGCCGACGAGCGCGAACGCCUCCGCGCCGGGGACGUUCCGAUUGUCGCGAGCGAACAAGACCGCGCCCGCGCCGGGCGCCGCCGCGACCGCGACCGCGCCCGCGACGGCGACCGCGCCCGCGACGGCGACGGCGACGGCGACGAACGCGAACGCGGCGAUCGUCGACAUGAAGAAGGUGGCGAAGAAGGACCAGCGCGAGGCGAGCAUCGCGAUAAAGCGCGCGGACGCGGAGAAGGCGCGCGCGAAGACGGAGCUAAACGACGCGUUGCGAUUAGGCACGUGCGCCGCAGACCACACGUUCCACCACGUCAGCGAAAAUCGUUCGCUCUCAUCAAUACACGUGUACUCAAGAACCAAUCACUCACGCCCACGUCAUCCAUCACCAGAGCAAGUCGCGCGCGCGGAGAAGGCGCGCGCCGCGGAGCUAAAACUCGCCGCGCAAAAGUCCGAGGCGCAGUCGCGUCGCCUCAUAAACCAAAAGAAGCUGCAAGACACGGGCGGCACGGUAGGGAUCGGCGUGCUCCUCGUCAGCGCGAUCGGCACGGUGUGGCGGUCAUCGGGCGUCCCCAUCUUGAUCGCGGGGUGGAUACGUAACAACUACGAGGACGCGUCCGCGACGAAGACCGUCUACGCGGUGCAGGCGCGUCCAUGUAUUUAUUACACCCGUCCCCGUACGACGUCGUUCGCGCGGUGCUCGCCGUUCCUCGAGGACUUUACUUCCCGACGUUUCUCUCCUCCCAUCCCUCUAUGCGUUUCAUUUAAUCCCGACGCGCCGCGACGCUUCGCGACGCCAACCGACGCGCCCCCGAACUCCACCCCGACGUCGCUUCGCGCGGGUAAACACCCUCGUAUUCAUCAGUGGAACGACCCGAUCGCGUCGCCGUCCGCCCCCGACGGCAUUCCGACCACGGUGACGAUCAAAGCGCAAAAGGCGGACGCGUACCAUUUGAAGACGGCCGUCGCGGCGGCCUCGGGGCUGGGCUCGACGGGCGCCGAGGGCAUCGGACACCUCGCGCACGUGGACCCGAACCUGCGCUUCCUUCGUCCGUUAGGCGCGUUUACGUAG